CAGAUGCUGCAGACACCAGUGAAGAUGUGUUCAGUGAAGCUGCUGGACUGCAGGAAUUUGAUGAAGAUGAGCAGAGAAACCACAACAGAGGAACAAGAGAGUGAUGAAAAUGAUGAUGAUGAAACCACAGAAGAGGAACAACAGAGUGAUGAAGAUGAUUUCACACAUUCAGAGCUGAUUAAAGUGCAAGAGGGACCUCAAGAACUGAAUGAAGUGGAGGAGAAACAUCAUGAGUUCACAACUGGAGAAAUAGCUUUGAGUGGCUCAAAGACAAAGAAGAAUUUAUCUACAAAAAAGCUUAAAAGAAGUGCAGCCAAAAAUACUUUCACCUGCUCUCAGUGUGGAAAGAGUUUCACACAUAAAAGCAAUCUUAAUGUACACAUGAGAAUUCACACUGGAGAGAAGCCUUACACAUGCAAUCAGUGUGGAAAAAGUUUCACAUAUGCACAGAAUCUCAAACAUCAUCUCCGCUGUCAUUCUGGAGAAAAGCUAUUUCAAUGUGAUAAGUGUGGUAAAACAUUUGUUUUGAAUGUAGUCCUAAAAGAGCAUCUGAAAACUCACACAAAUGAGAAGCCUAACAAGUGUUCUUUUUGUGGAAAAAGAUUUUCAUGUCUGUCCUAUUGUAAAGAACACCAGAAAAUACAUACUGGUGCUGGGGUUCAUAUGUGCUUUGAAUGUGGAAAGAUCUUUACUACAGCCAGCUACUUGAAACAGCACCGAAGAAUUCAUACUGGAGAAAAACCUUACAAGUGCUCACACUGUGAAAAGAGUUUCAUUAAGUCAGACAACUGGAAAACACACGAGAGAAUCCAUACUGGAGAAAAACCUUACAAGUGCUCACACUGUGAAAAGAGUUUCAAUCAGUCAAACAACUGGAAAACACACGAGAGAAUCCAUACUGGAGAAAAACCUUACAAGUGCUCACACUGUGGAAAGAGUUUCACUGCGUUACAAAGCUUGAAAACACAUGAGAGAAUUCAUACUGGAGAUAAACCUUACAAGUGUUCACACUGCGGAAAGAGUUUCAGUCAGUCAGACAACUGGAAAACACAUGAGAGGAUUCAUACUGGAGAGAAACCUUACAAAUGCUCACACUGUGGAAAGAGUUUUACUGCAAUACAAAGCUUGAAAACACACGAGAGAAUUCAUACUGGAGAAAAACCUUACAAGUGCUCACACUGUGGAAGGAGUUUCACUGUGUUAAAAAGCUUGAAAAUACACAAGAGAAUUCAUACUGUAUAGAUACCAUACCACUGCUCUUCAUGUGGGAAAAGUUUCAGUGCAGCAAGUAAUAUGCAUAUGUGAAAAAGUUUUGCCCAAGUAGUCAGUGAGAACAGAAAGAAAAUAUAAAGGAAAUAGUUUGAAAUUCAGAUAAACCCAAAGAUGGAAUUUCUCCAAUAAGGAUUGCAUCAUCUAAAGCCCUAUUUGGACAGGGCUAGUUUUCCUUGAGUAGGUUUGGGAAGUUUGUUUCAUAGAGGUACUUUGUGAUUUUAAUCCCAUCUGAAUCGGACAAGUCUCACUGUUAAUUCUAACGCUCAAAAUAAAAAAUUGUUUUGAGUAGGGAAAAAUUAAAUCAUCCAAAUUAGUUCAAAUAAAUCAACCAUAAUGUGUAUUUAAAACUUUCUAUUUGUUUUGAGUUCACGAAACUGACACAUUUUAAGUAACCUGAAUUGCUUUAGUGUUUUGAGUUUGUUGAACUUGUAAAUUUACAAUAAUUUAAAUUUAUUUGAAACUGGGCAGGGGAUUUAUAUUUCCUCAGCAUGUUUUGUAUGUCACUCAAAAGGGAGAGUAAAUGUUAAAUUUAGGUGUUACAGUGCAUCCGGAAAGUAUUCACAGCGCUUCACUUUUUCCACAUUUUAUGUUACAUUCUUAUUCCAAAAUGGAUUAAAUUCAUUAUUUUCCUCAAUAUUCUACAAACAAUACCCCAUAAUGACAACAUGAAAGAAGUUUGUUUGAAAUCUUUGCAAAUUUAUUAAAAAUAAAAAAACGAAAAAAAUCACAUGUACAUAAGUAUUCACAGCCUUUGCCAUGACACUCAAAAUUGAGCUCAGGUGCAUCCUGUUUCCACUGAUCAUCCUUGAGAUGUUUCUACAACUUGAUUGGAGUCCACCUGUGGUAAAUUCAGUUGAUUGGACAUGAUUUGGAAAGGCACACACCUGUUUAUAUAAGGUCCCACAGUUAAAAGUGCAUGUCAGAGCACAAACCAAGCCAUGAAGUCCAAGGAAUUGUCUGUAGACCUCCGAGACAGGAUUGUAUCGAGGCACAGAUCUGGGGAAGGGUACAGAAAAAUUUCUGCAGCAUUGAAGGUCCCAAUGAGCACAGUGGCCUCCACCAUCCGUAAAUGGAAGAAGUUUGGAACCACCAGGACUCUUCCUAGAGCUGGCCACCUGGCCAAACUGAGCGAUCGGGGGAGAAGGGCCUUAGUCAGGGAGGUGACCAAGAACCCGAUGGUCACUCUGACAGAGCUCCAGCAUUUCUUUGUGGAGAGAGGAGAACCUUCCAGAAGAACAACCAUCUCUGCAGCACUCCACCAAUCAGGCCUGUAUGGUAGAGUGGCCAGAUGGAAACCACUUCUCAAUAAAAGGCACAUGACAGCCCGCCUGGAGUUUGCCAAAAGGCACCUGAAGGACUCUCAGACCAUGAGAAACAAAGUUUGAACUCUUUGGCCUGAAUGGCAAGUGUCAUGUCUGGAGGAAACCAGGCACCACUCAUCACCUGGCCAAUACCAUCCCUACAGUGAAGCAUGGUGGUGGCAGCAUCAUGCUGUGGGGAUGUUUUUCAGUGGCAGGAACUGGGAGACUAGUCAGGAUUGAGGAAAAGAUGAAUGCAGCAAUGUACAGAGACAUCCAUGAUGAAAACCUGCUCCAGAGCGCUCUGGACCUCAGACUGGGGUGACGGUUCAUCUUCCAACAGGACAACGACCCUAAGCACACAGCCAAGCUAACAAAGGAGUGGCUCCGGGACAACUCUCUGAAUGUCCUUGAGUGGCCCAGCCAGAGCCCAGACUUGAACCCGAUUGAACAUCUCUGGAGAGAUCUGAAAAUGGCUGUGCACCGACGCUCCCCAUCCAACCUGAUGGAGCUUGAGAGGUCCAGCAAAGAAGAAUGAAUCAAUCUCUCUACAAUGAUAUGUGCUUUGCCAGCCUUGGCAAUAUGCAGCGCAAUGCGAUGUGAAGCUUCAGUGGCCUUUACAGUAAAUUCAAUUCUCCAACUUUUUUUACCUUGAAAGGCUUGAAGUUUUCUUUUGAAAAACUCAGGAGGUUUUCCCGCUACCUUAGUAUGCUUGGUGUCAAGAUGUCUGUGGAGUUUAGCAGGUUGCAUGCUGUCAUUAGCUAAAAUCUUCUUAUAAACGACACAUAAAGGUCGUGGUGCAUCAACUGAUCCUGCCCAUGUAAACCCUAAACUUAAAUACUGUUCAUCGUAUCGUCGUCUUUUGGGUUUGACCCCUAAAACUGAAGGAUUCACAUUUGGUGGUCUCAGAAACUGCUCCAUUGUAAUUACAGACUAAUACUUUUUUGCCUAUUAUUUUCAGAACUGUUUAAAUAAUGUUUUAAAUAUAAUAGUUUGUCAAUGGCAUCAACCAAACAGGAGCCAUUUCUUUUUCUAUUAAUAAUGAAAAUAAUCUGAUGUUGGCAAUUGUAACAGUACCUUUAAUAAAUUCAAAUAUAAAACUGAACUUUUGAAACAAUCUGUAUUUACAUGGGUGCUACAUAAUAUAGAAUAUAGUCUAGAUAAAAACAGCUCUCAAAAUCACCAGAAUUGAUGAAUAUUACACAUUUACACUCUAGUCCAGUAUGAGGCGGAAAAGCGGGAACAGAAGGAGGCGAAUAAAAGAGUGGGGAGACAAUGGGUGUUGGAACACUGGGUUGUGACUGGUGGGGAGAUAAUGGGUAGUGAAUUAGAAUCAGGAGAAGAUCAAGAGAUGGAAGAUGAAGGGAGUGAAUAUAGGAAAAUAGGUAGCUGUAGUAAUAGCUCUUGGAUUGGGUUAGAGGAAAGAGGAAAUACUCAGGGUCGGAAGCGUGGAGUAAUUAUACCUAUAGGAAAACCAGGAAAGGACCUGUCACAACCAUCGAGUUAUAGACCUAUUGCUUUAACAUCAAAACUAUGCAAACUUAUGGAAAGAAUGUUUAUGGCUAGAUUGAGUUAUGUCAUUGAAUUAAAGGGUCUAGUAAGUAAUUAUCAAAGUGGUUUUAGAAAAGGUAGAAGCACUAUGGAUGCGAUAUUAAAUCUGGAAACAGAUAUAAGAAAAUAUGGUAAGCAAGGAGGAUUUGGUGGGAGUGUUUUUGGAUGUAGAGAAAGCAUACAAAAUGAUGUGGAAGGAGGGUCUUUUAAUCAAGAAUGAUCAAAUGCAUAUUAAAGGGAGAAUGUAUAAUUGGAUUAGGAUUUCCUAUUUAAUAGAACCAUACAAGUAAGAGUGGGAACAUCUUUAUCAAAAAUAUAUAAUAUUGAUAAUGGGACCCCUCAAGGAAGUGUAUGUAGUCCUAUCCUGUUUAAUAUAAUGAUAAAUUAUAUAUUUGAUAGUAUAGAUAUAGGAAUAGUAAAAUCAUUAUGUGCUGUUGAUGGAGCGAUCUGGAAAAGAGGUCAGAAUAAAAAAUAUGUGGUAGAAAGUAUGCAGAAGGCAAUGAAUUAAGUUGAAAGAUGGGCAAAUUAUUGGGGUUUUAAGAUGUCAGUGGAAAAAAACCCAGGUAAUAUGUUUCUCUUAAAAAAAGAAGACUCCAUCAGUCAAGAUAAAAUUGUAUGAUCAAGUUUUAGUUCAAACUCCAGUUGUUAGUGUAGGAUAUUUUUGUAAAGUUGAAUAUAAAUUAAUCAAGUAUAAUCAAUGUGAACAUAGCCAUUUUAUUCUACAAUUGUUUCUGGUGGUCAAGCAUGUAUUUUGCUGUGUGUGCCUGUGUAAGAAUGGAAUGUGAGGCACCUCACAUAUGGUGAACUAGUCUGCUGUGUUGACACUAGAGAAGACAUACGGUGAAGCCUCUCCAUGGACAUUUCAUGUACACUUCUUGAGAAACAACAAACUGAAAAUGUGAUGGAUGGUGGUGACGUGUGGAAUGUAUAAGCCACUCCUUGAUAGAUCAUAUGUAUUUAAGCGGGUGCAAACCCAGAUUCUGGAAUUGUUGCUCCUCAGGACAACUCAGCUUUUUAUCUCUGAUAAUAAAGUCUAUC